AUGUAUUAAGAAGCAGAAAAACUUAAUAAAAUUUACAAUAUAGAAAUAGAUAGGAUUGGACAUGGGCAUAAGUUACUGUCUUAUUUUUAGAAUUAAGUAAACUAGCUUUAUUCAUAUUACGUAAAUAAGAAUGAUGAGCUUUAACAACAUUUUAAUGAUUUACCCUUAAAAGAAAUCAUUCUCAUCAAGUUUUAACUAGAGACUAUUACUUCAAUUGAGGAUCUAAACAAAAUUAAGUUAGCAUUUUUCGAUAGGAAUUUCCUUAAAUAUUUUGAAAUCUUAAGGUAAAAAAAUUUGACAUUACAAUUAAAAUUAGUUACUACAAAGAAGUCUUUUUAAAUGAUUUUAUAAAAAGUCUCUCGAGAAGAAUAAAGAAUGUUCUUGGAUGUUCUUAAAUUUGAAGAAUUUCUACUAAAUGUAAUUACUAAUGUUCCAAAAAGACUAAUGAGAGAAAACACUAACUUUGACCUACCACUUCACACUGAAUUACAAAAUUUGUAGAUCUCAUAUGAAGACUUUAAAUAGAAGUUACCGAAGUAAAAAGGAGCAAUAACUUACCUUAUAAUUCGACAAAAGAUAAAUGAAAAAAAGAUUGACUCUUAAAGAAAAGAUUUAGAGUUGAUUGAAAAAGAGUUAGGAGAACUAUUCAUCAAAGAACCUUCUUUUCUAUUUGUAGACAAAUUUUAAACCAUUUUUGAAGGUCUAAAUGUUGAUGAAUAAUUGAGAGUUGAUACAUUUAAUUUACCAGAAAAAGAAAAAUAUAAAAAAUUUUUGUAUUAAUUAAAAUAAAUUGAAAAUUUAAGGAAAUGUUAAUAAAUUAAUAAUUGGAACUCAUUAAUCAUACAAACAGAAACUGUGAUUGAAGCAAUAGAAACCUUUGGAUAAACAGACAAGGAAAUCGAUAAAAUGUUAAUACAUGAAGAUCUGAUUAUGCUAAAAGAGAAUAUAUAUAAAGUAUUUAAAGAGGAAUAAGAAUUAAUACCAAUAUCACAAAACCAAAUAAUCCUAGAGAGAGAGGAAAUUAGAGAUGACCAGAGCUAUAGAACAUAUUUAUAAUUUAUGAUUAAAAUAGUUAAGUUAAAAAAAUUAUAACUACUAGAGGAGUUGGAGUUUUUAAACAAAUUACUUGAAAAAUUUGAUAGUUUCUCAAGAAAACUUGAUAAAAUUCUAAGGUAUGAAGAAGAAUAUUAAAAUAAAUUGUAUUUUAGAUUUUAAGAUUGUACUAAAGAAUGCAUUUAGAGGUUUGAAGAAUCUCAAUUGAUAAAUGAUAAUGUUAACUAAAAGGAGGAUGAAAAUUUUCAAUAGUACUUGGAAAGAAUAGAAACCCAGUUUUUUAGAAGAGGAAAUGUUAAUGUGAUUUAUUAAGCUUAAAUAAAGAUCUCUGAUUUUCUUAAUUAAAUUGUGGCUUGUGUCAAAUAGGUUGAAUUUAAAUAUUGCACUAGUACCCAAAUUGAAUCAGAUUAUUUAAUUUAAUAAUUAAAUACGAUAUACUUAGAAGAUAUUGAAGUUUUAGAGGAUGAAGAAGAAUCAGAUCAAUAAUUAGGUUUAUCAAAUAAUUUGAUUUUUAAAAUCAAAGAUGUUAUAACUAAUGACUAAUGGAAAAUAAAAUAGGGUCUGGUGUUUACUAUCAUAUAAAUUACAUCGAGUUGUUAUUCAAGAUACCAUUACUUCUUUUUGUUAGAAAGUUCUAAUCUAAUUAUGGGUUUAAGAAAAAGAUCAAAGAGUUAGAAAUCUUUUAAAAAAUUAACAAUUGAUAAGCAUAUAAAUGUAGAUUUUGUAGAAAGAUUGGUCUAACUAACAUGA